GCCGAGCUUGACAAAUCACCUUAACAAGAACGAAAAUAACGAUAACCAGCUCAUGGUACAAACUAAAUCAGAAAUCAAUUCCUAAUGAUUUCAAAAGCAAUUUAGGGUUUUCAAUUUCAAACCCUAAAAAAAUCAUAGCCUUUGGAAUUGGUCCCAUCAUCCCCUUUAGCUCCCACCCACACACCCCCACCCAUCAUCAUCAUCAUCACCAAAACUCCAACCCCAAAUCUCGACAAAAGAUUCCAAACACAAAAUUAGGGUUCCAAUUUCAAAAUCCAUGCCCCUUUAAAAAAUGGUCCCUCUCAGUAGUAACCCCAACCCCACAACACAACCACCUAUCAUCAUUAUCAUCAACCACAAGUAACCCCUUCUGACUCCAACCCCAAAUCAACUCAUUGGGGUUCCAAUUUCAAAUCCUUAUUAAAAAAUUAGGUGUAUUUUAUUUUAAUAAUAUUUUUCUCUUUACCCAGACACAUCCUCACCGGCACCGACCCACCAUCGUUUCCACCACCAAGUUUCGAUUUUGAGCUCCGAAAUGGCGACGAGGGGCACCAGAUCGGAGAAGGUUCGUCGAAUUUUCAACCAGUUCGACGCUAACCGUGAUGGGGGUCUGAACCGCUUGGAAAUGGCGUUGUUGGUGGGUGCUGUGAACCCUAGGGUCAAAUUCAGCGACGAACAAAUCAGCGCGAUCCUCGACGAGGUGUUCCGAACCUACGGCGAAUUCAUCGACGGCGACAAGGGUCUCACGUACGAGGGUCUGUUGCGCACCUACGACGACGGCGCCGGCGACGUGGACCGCGAUUUCGACGCCCUUGGCCUCGACCUGGUCGCCGACGCCGCGAAGGAGCCGCUGGCGGCGUCGGAGGCUUCCUCCUCGUCGAUUGUCGACGAGCGGAUGGCGGUGGAGACGCAGAAGAAGCAGCGGACCGCCGCCUGGGCCGUGUCGCCCAACCACGGCAUCGUUUUCGACGACACGUGGAAAAUUGUGGAUGAUUUGGAGCUUCUUGUGAAGAGGCUGAAGAUGAAGCAGUCCAAGGAAGGUGGCAAAUUGAAGAAUGAGAACUUUGACGCCUACUCCGACGCCGGUUGGUCCCGCGAAUUGGGCCCUUCCUCGGAGAUUUCGGAGAAGAGAGUGUUUUGGGAGGAGUCAGGGCAUGAUUAUGCUGUGUUUUUGAAGGAAUUGGGAGGGUUGAGAGGUAGAGCUGAUGGUGCUAGGUCUAGGGAAGAGGCAUUUGAUGGGCACAUGGCAAUUGGAAGGGUUUUGUAUGAGCAUCAAUUGUUUAAGGAGGCUUUGGUUAGUUUCAAGAGGGCUUGUGAGUUGCAGCCUGUGGAUGUGAGGCCCCAUUUUAGAGCUGGCAAUUGUUUGUAUGUUCUUGGCCGGUUCAAGGAUGCCAAGGAGGAGUUCUUGUUAGCUCUUGAGGCUGCUGAGGCUGGUGGCAACCAAUGGUCUUACUUGCUCCCCCAGAUUUAUGUCAACCUCGGCAUUGCCCUCGAGGGUGAGGGUAUGGUUUUGAGUGCCUGUGAGUAUUAUAGAGAGGCGGCCAUUCUUUGCCCCACUCAUUUUAGAGCCUUGAAGCUCUUAGGUAGUGCGCUUUUUGGCGUGGGGGAGUAUAGGGCGGCGGUGAAGGCCUUGGAGGAGGCGAUUUUCAUGAAGCCGGAUUAUGCUGAUGCGCAUUGUGAUUUGGCAUCGGCUUUACAUGCCAUGGGCGAGGACGAGAGGGCGAUUGAGGUGUUUCAGAAGGCCAUUGAUUUGAAGCCUGGUCAUGUGGAUGCGCUUUAUAAUUUAGGUGGGCUGUAUAUGGACCUUGGUAGGUUUCAGAGGGCUUCUGAGAUGUAUACUAGGGUUUUGGCUGUGUGGCCGAACCAUUGGCGAGCGCAGCUGAACAAGGCGGUGUCGCUGCUGGGAGCUGGGGAGACUGAAGAGGCCAAGAGAGCCUUGAAGGAGGCUUUGAAAAUGACGAACAGGGUUGAGUUGCAUGAUGCAAUAUCGCAUUUGAAGCAGCUGCAGAAAAAGAAGAACAAAGCUAGCAAUGGGGGUGUUUCUGGGGAGGCAUCGUUUGUCAUAAUUGAACCAUCAAAGUUUAAGGCAGUUGGAGAGAGGACUACAGGGAGGCAGGAGCUUGCCACUGCCCUGCAAAUCAGAGCGCUUCAGAGGGUCACUAGGUUGAGUCGGUGCAGCGUGGAGCUUUUGAAGAAGGAGAUGAGUGAACAUGAUGUGCCAGUGUCCUAUUCUGGCAGCGGAGUUCCUGAAAAGUCCAUCCGGAAGCCGAAUUUGGAACAAAUUCUUCACAGAUUACUCAGUUUUCUGAAGCCAGAAACUUUUCAAGGAGCUGUAAAAGCCAUAAAUGAGAGGAUUCUUUCUGUUUUGGAUGAGAAUGGUUCAGGCAGGCUGGAUCUGGGGAUGUUUUAUGCUAUACUUGCUCCUAUUUGUGGUGGUCCUCCGGAUAGACGGAAAAGGAUUGCCUUUGAUGCACUCUUGUGGCGUCCCAUGAAUGAAGAUGGUGCUAAUAUUAAGAAAGUUGAUGCCACCAUAUACAUCAAGUUGUUAAGGGCCGUCUAUCUUCCUAGCCAAGGUGUUAGUGAAUUAAUGGAGGUACGUGGAGAUUCGGACACUUCAAUGGUGUCUUUCUCCGAGUUUCUAGUUAUGUUUGAUGAUCCAGAUUGGGGUUUUGGUAUCAUGCCUACACUAUUGAAGCUUGAAACAGGUGAUAGAAACCGGCAUGGCAGCACUAUAUGCUCAGUUUGCCGCUACCCGGUUAUUGGUUCUCGGUUUAAGGAGACAAAAUCUCAUUUUAGUUUGUGUAACCAAUGUUACAGUGAAGGAAAGGUGCCUUCUUCAUUUAAGCAGGAAGAGUACAGAUUUAAAGAGUAUGGAAGUGAGGGUGAAGUCAUGAAAGAUAAGUGUAUGUGCUUCAAUUUGCAAUCUCGUGAUGAUAAGUAGAUAGUGGCACUCAAUUUUUUGCCUAUGGAUUUUUUUGUUCGUCUAUCUUGUACUAUCCCAUCUUGUUUAUCCUAGCUUUUUGGUGUGAAUGUGAUUAUGUCUAGCUCAUGAAUUCACCAGCCAUUUUGGUCCCUUCUUUAAUAACUGUUUCAGGUGGUGCUUCACUAGUUUGGUAACUGUUAAUAGACAUUGUAAAAGUGUUGAUCAUGCAUGCUUCUUUAUCUCUUUUUGCUGUUUUGCCUAUUGAUCAUUCUAACUCUAACAAUCAUAUGUCUAUUAUUCAAUGGAGGACUGGUCAAUUUUUCCUCGUUA